AUGAGUGCACCCGCAGAAAUUCCGGGGUUUUACUACGAUGCCGUCAAAGGACGUUAUUUCCGUCUUCUUCCCAACCAUGCGGCUCCAACGGCAUCAUUCUACAGCCCAUCCAGCGUACAGAAGCAACAAGAAGAAACCCAGCGUAUUGAAGAGCAAAACCAAACCAACCUCCGCCGCCUCAAGCUACGCCGUAAAUGCCCACUGAGCCACAGCCCUUUCCUGCGCUGCACGCUUCAGCGCGAGCUCGGCGCCGCUACGCCGUUCGAGCUCGAGGAGGCUGGAAGACGCGUUUAUGCAUUGGGGUUGAGGAAGAAUAGGCUCUGGGAUGUGGCUUCAGUAGGCGGCGAGAUUAUGGCAUUUGCGUGUGAAGAUGCCGAGGUUGGCAAAGAGAGAACUGUCGUCAUUGGCACGGUCGCGGGGCAUAUUGUUUCUGCACCGGCGACGAGAGAGGAUGGUGUUAUGAGGUGUGAUAGGGCGAGAGUACAGAGCUUGCACCAUUUCACCUCCGAGAUUACAUCGGUGUGUAUAUCUAAGCAAAGAAUGUUGAUCGCAACAUGCCUAGGCGGUACAGCAAGCCCAGCGAUAUAUCGCACUAGCCUACCAGAUCCAGGCAGUGAUAGUUCCUUAACAUCUGGCCAGUACCUCACGUUCCAGCGCCCUAUACGCUCCAUGUGGACCUCUACAUCCUCUCCUUACAACGGAGACAUGGCAGUCGGUACUAACAUGGGAGUCAUUUGCAUACGUGGGCCCCCACAUGACCGCGAGAGCCACCAGUUUACCACCAGCAGCGACGUUUUUGCAGUUGAAUUCCUCCCAAACGAGCCGUUUGGUUUCGUGUGUGGAUCUCGGGAUGGUGCGAUGCGUCUUUUUGAUAUCCGGAUACGUCAGAGGGAGGGAGUCGGAGGGACUAUGGUUGUGAGCCAUAACACCCCGAUCACCCACAUACGCGCAUUGAACGAUGUAUCAAUGAUGGUGAAGGGACUUAUGGGGUGUGCACUGUAUGAUUUGAGAUACCCGCACCCACCAAGCCCCAGUAAAGGCUUUGCGGAGAGAACUACACCGGUCAAGGUUUAUGGGAAUAAACGGACGGUGGAGGGAAUGGGGUUCGAUGUGUCUAUGGACAAAGGACUUGUGGCAGAUGCCGGGGAUGUAGAUGGGGCGAAAAUAUUCUCGGCUAUAUCUGGUGAGGAUAUGGGGAGGUGGGACUAA